AUGGACUUGAAAAGCAGCUAUUCCAACUCCGAACUUAGACCUUUCUAUGCCGGAAGUGGUGCGGUUGCAUCAGUCUCCGAAGAUGGGAGACUGCUCGCGACAUCUGUGAUCGAUGAGGUCAACAUUAUAGAGCUAGCUCCAACUAAACGCGUACUGCAUAGAAUCGAAAAUGACGAUGAGCAGGAAAUUACAGCCUUGAAGCUUACGCCAGAUGGAGAAUACCUCUGUUACGUUUCACAGGCGCAGCUCUUGCGCAUAUAUCACUUAAGAUCUAAGCGCGUGGUGAGAUCAAUGAAGGUCUCUUCUCCAGUUUAUGUCAUUGACUGCGACCCAAGCUCCACUCUCGUGGCUCUUGGUGGAACAGAUGGUAGUGUUAGUGUCAUUGACAUCGAAAACGGUUAUGUCACUCAUUCUUUGAAAGGACAUGGAGCUACUAUAUCUAGCGUGAAGUUCUUUGGAGAGCUUAACAGCACAACUUGGAGACUAGGAUCUGGCGACACAAACGGUGUUGUUAAGGUUUGGGAUUUAGUACGCAGGAGCUGCUUACACACAAUUCAGGAGCACGCAGCAGCUGUCAGAGGACUUGAUUUCCGUGUUUCGGAUGCUGACGACGAUGUACUUGAGCUCCUAUCUGGUGGUAGAGAUGACAUUGUCAACCUUUAUCAACUUGGCUCUACCAAAAAAGUCAAGCUUGUCAAAACUAUCCCAGUGCAUCAACAAAUUGAAGCAUGUGGAUUCAUUCACGAUGGCGAGCACCAGGAUCUCUUCUACACAGCAGGAGGGGAUGCGGUGUAUCAAAUUUUGUCGCUAGCUACUGCAUCAGUCAUUAAAAAGACAAACAAGCCAAUUGAGGAACUAUUUAUAAUAGGUGUGCUCCCCAUUUUACAAGGCUCAAAGAUGUAUCUAGUUCUUUCCGAUCAAACAUUAUUCUUGGUUGAUUUGGAAGCAUCUUUUGUUGAGCCGGACACUGCUGUUGUCAUUGAAAGCAAAAUAGCUGGUAAUCACGGCACAGUAGCUGAUAUGAGAUUCGUUGGGCCGGACCUGAAAUUUUUGGCUUUGGCCACCAAUUCGCCUGCUCUUAGAGUUAUUCCGGCCCCUGACCUGAACGCAAAAAGCAUUGUCAGCGAUGAGACAACCGCAGCACGAGACCAUGCACAAGAUUCUAGAGAUUGUUUCCCGCUUGAAGUUGAGCUCUAUGAGGGUCAUACUGACUUGCUCAAUGCGUUAGACUCAAGUGAAGAUGGAAAAUGGCUUGCUACGUGUUCCAAAGACCACACAGUAAUACUUUGGAGAUACAGCUCGGAACUGGAAAAGUUUAAAGCGUACGCUAAGUUUACAGGACAUGCAGGCCCAGUUACUGCAGUGGGGUUGCCAAAUGUGAUGAGAAGUGCGUGGCCUGAAUUUAUUAUAACGGCUUCAAAUGAUUUGACAAUCAAAAAAUGGACCGUGCCUAAGCCUGGGCACGAGACUGCCGAGCCACAUGUCGUGAAAGUGUCAGACUACACACGCAGGGCCCACGACAAAGAUAUCAAUGCCCUUUCCAUCUCGCCUAACGACUCAACCUUCGCAACAGCUUCAUAUGACAAGACCUGUAAGGUUUGGGAUGUUGAUAGCGGAGAGCUUCAAGGAACGCUAGCAAACCACAAGCGUGGACUGUGGGACGUCUCUUUCUGUCAAUACGACAAACUUCUGGCUACGUGCUCGGGUGACAAAACUGUCAAAGUCUGGUCACUGGACACCUUGUCAGUUGUCAAGACUCUGGAAGGCCACACAAAUGCUGUACAAAGGUGUUCAUUCAUCAACAAAAACAAGCAGCUUGUAAGCACUGGAGCAGACGGGCUAAUUAAGUUAUGGGACCUAUCUACUGGAGAAUGUGUCCGCACCUUAGACGCUCAUGAAAACAGAAUUUGGGCGCUGAGUGUUUUGCAUGAUGGUGACGAAUUUGUUACAGCAGAUGCUGACGGUGUCUUCCAAUUUUGGAAAGAUUGUAGCGAAGAACAAGAGAAAGAGAACUUAGAAAAUCACAAACGGAAGGUUGAGCAAGAUCAAUCGCUCCAGAACUACAUGUCGCAAGGCGACUGGACGAACGCUUUCUUGUUGGCGAUGACCCUGGAUCAUCCCAUGCGACUAUAUCGGGUUUUGGAGAGCGCCUCUGCCCAGGAAGAUGGCAGUUCCGACUUCGUUUUCAAUGAAGAGCUUGAUAAUGUUAUCAGCACCUUGAACAACGAGCAGAUCAUUCUUCUGAUGAAAAGAAGUAGGGACUGGAACACGAAUGCAUCAAAGCACGCUGUGGCUCAGAAGACAAUUCGUUGCAUUCUUUUGCGUCACAAUAUCGCGGCUUUGAGUGAUAUUCCCGGAAUAAUGAACAUUAUAGACGCCAUAAUCCCUUAUACUCAAAGACACUACUCCAGACUUGACGGCCUGGUUGAGCAAAGUUAUAUUUUGGAUUACUCGCUGGUGGAAAUGGAUAAAUUCAUGUAA